UAUUUAGCAUUCUGCAUUAAAUAUUGACCGGAAAGUGGAAAUUUGUAGUUACUACUAUUAAUAUGGCUGUCGCAAAGUGUUCUCUAUUCCUGUCAAUCCUAGCCGUUGCUAUCGAAAUUUCAUUGGCUUGCAAUGGCUACAAGGCGCGUAUGAUAAAAGCGGAAAAUUGCGCUGGAGCGGAUGCGAUCAUUACGCUAGAUGACGAUUUUUCAGUCAAACUCAAUAAGAAAUGCGAAAUUGUGCCCUCAGGUUGCGUCAUGAAUAAGGCCUUCAAUAGCGCCGUGUCGCAGUUUAAAUUGCAAAAGGAUGGCAUUGUGCUGAAAGAGGGAAAAUUCGACUUGUGUGCUGCCGCCGAACAUGUGCCGAACGAAGCAAAGGAUAUGCUGAAGCUCUUCGGCGCCCCAGCUAGUUGCCCAGUGCCAGAGGAGAAAAUCUGCGCAAACGAUCACCGCGUUGACUUGUCCAAAUACAAGGCCAUGUUGGGUAUGGCCAAGGGCAACCUAAUUAUGGAUUCGGAGAUAACUCAUGAUACAGGUAAAUCUUGUUUCCACAUUGAGAUGGAGAUUACGAAGAGCUAAAGCAGUUACAGCAUAAUAAGCCAAAUAAACACAUUUGCAAAUGUUUGUUGCAUUAAAUUAAGAAGCAAAUUUCAAUUAAAUUUAUUCAGCAUGCUUUAUUAAAGCCUUAGCUUAAAUAAAAUUAAUCUCAAAUUGAAA